AAUGUAAAUAUAAACAAACACAAACCUUCGAUGGGUAGCAAAUAUGACGGAAUCGAUAAUACUUUUGCAUUAUUUUGAAUUGAACGGAAUUAAAUUUUAAAUACAAGAUUCAUUUGUGAUUACUUAAAGGAUAUAUUUAUUGUGAUCGAAGUUGAGAAUAGCAGCUUUUGUUGCUUUACAUUUCAUAGUGGCAACUUGAAUGACAGCUUUUACUGUCCUUAUCCCAAACUCCUUGUAUCAAGUCAAAUUAUAUUUGUUGUUUCAUUUUGAUUGAAUUAAAAAGGCCACGAAUUUAAAUAUCAGGAACUGUAUUUUAUCCGUAUAUCUUUCUUAUUAUUAUAAACACAUUUUACUUUAAAAGAAAGUAAGCAGAAUUAUCAUGGCUAGAAUACUUUAUAAUAAAAAAGCUUCUGUGGUGUAUCUUGAUGAUGAAGUGGAUGUUAAAAAUCUUGGUGAGGAAACAGAAGCCGAGAAGCAGAUGAAAGUUAUUCUUGAGAAGCAGCUCAAGACUCAAGUGUCUAUGAAAGAACAAUUUUCUCAACAUAGAACCUUUGUUUCUCCAAGUACAUAUAAAUCUCCAACUGAAUUGAUUGAAGGUGCAUGUUCUGUUCAAGAGUUCCAAGAACUGGAGAGAGAAGAGGAAAUGCGCCAGGAAUUGCAAAGAUGUGGUCUGUCAGAGCAAGAAAUUACUGAUUAUCUCUUAUUCAAAUUAGGAAAGAAAAAUGAAGAACGUUUAGUGAAUCCAGCUGUCUUGAAAGAGAAUAUAGCCAGGAUUGAAGAGAAAAUCAAAGCUCACAAUGAAGAGUUACUUAAGCCCCAAUCCUUCAAAAAUGUUAAGAAAUUGACCAGACAUGAAAUGGAAAUUGAAAAAGCUCUGUAUGCAGGCUGCCCUGAAAAAAGAAAAUUAGCUACUCUUGUGGCUACUGAAGAUACUGUUGAAGAUUCUUACACCAGUGUACCAUUUAAUUACAUAAAAAAUUUAUCAGAGAAAUUACUUCAAAAAGUAAGUAAGAAAAGGAAGAAGAGAUUGAAAUUAGAAGAAGAAUCUGUUCCUGAAUCUGAAAGUGGAGAAAAUGAAAAUGUUCAAUUUGAUUCCAACAUCCACCAUGUUGUUGUGCCUUUAGAAAGUUCUGAAGUUGCUGAAAAGAAAUUGAGUGUGGAAGAAAUUAGAAAGAUGCCUAAAUUUGAAAAUUACUGUAUUGGUCAACCUAAUAAAACAUUAUACAUAAAAAAUUUACAUGCAAAAACUACUGAACAAGAACUAAGAUCCGUAUUUGGACGGUUUGAGGAAGAGAAUGGAACAUUCAUAAAUUACAGAGUCUGCACAGGAAGAAUGAAGGGACAGGCUUUCAUUCACUUUUCUGACACCAAACUUGCAGAAAAAGCCCUUUAUUUUGCCAAUGGGUUUUUGAUAAGAGGAAAGCCAAUGAUCAUUGAAUUUGGGAAGAAGACUUGAAGACUGAAAUUCAAAAUGAAAAAAAGGUACUCAGUCAUUAUUGUAGUUUCUCUGGCUGCAGGACAGGAGGGAAAUGGCAAGAAUAAUUAAAACCCUGUGUUCGAUCUGUGGAGAUUCUUCUGAGAAGAGAUAUCAGGAAUGUUUGGAACGUAAAAUUUGUUUAUAACUGGCAAACAUUUAAAUAACACAGUUUUUAACUUUUUUUCUUGAGUAACUUUAACUAAAGUAAACUUCUUUAACUUUUUUUCAGUUUUUUUUUCUUGAAUAAAUAAAAUUCAGCACAAUUUUUUAAAAGAAAUUUAAUACAUUUUAAAUUAUGUGAUUUCUUGAUAAACUCUAUAUUUUGACCUGCUCAUAUAUUUAAAAAAAGGAUUAGGAAAAUCAAUUAAACUAAAAUUGUUCCAUAUUUUACAAAUUACACAUGGGAAUGAUUAAAAAAGAAAAAAGAAUGCAGUCUAUUUGGUAAAAAUACUGUUUUAGUCAUCAAUGUGGUCAGAAUUUUUCUGUAUCUUUAUUUUUUUAUUCUGUGUAUUUGCAUUUAUAUUUAUUUCAACUCAUUUAUUUUAUGAAGCCAUGUUUCGUAGAGAUAGCACUUCGUGCUCCCAACGCACAGUUCCAAGGUUCGAUCCUUGGGCUGGGCGGGGUCGACUCAGCCUUUCAUCUCUUCAGUGGGUCGAUAAACGGAGAACCAAGCAUGUUUGGGAACUAAACCCUGGGGGUUCCACUUUAGGCUGACCACCUAUCUACGACAUAUGCUUCGCACCCCAGGGCCUUCAGUCAAGAAAGCAUAUAUGGGCACUGUAGGCCUUGGGACCACGUGGACUGUCGUGCCACUGAGUUUUAGUUUCGUUUAUUUUAUACCUCUCAUUUAUAUUAAUGCAAUAUCCUGUGAACUCUUUCUUUUAAAUGGUUGUUCAGAAGCAACAUGCUUUCAUUAAUUCUAAUGGGAGAUCCAAAUGAUUUAUAUGGGCUUUGAAAGUAUUCUUUUGUACACAGAUUUCUGAGUAAGAAUUAAUUAUUAAAAAUUAAUUACAGCUUAUAAAUAUAUACACUAUCUACCAAUAAGUAAUUAGAUCCUGUGAUUAAAGAGAUAAACACAAUUUAUUCAUAUAGGUAGUGCCUCCAC